AAAUCACAUGUUUGGAACAGACCUUUGAGUUUAUGUUGAGAGCAGAGUUUUUGCUCUAAAUAUAUGAAGUUGUAAAUAAUAUAAGAAUAUUGUGAAAUAUUGCAAAAUUAUCUAGAUUAUUAUAAUUUACCAUAAUUUUAAAUUUCCUUUUUAACUCCAUGAUACUUUGUUGCACUAAAGUAGUCAUUUUCACAUGUUUCAGAGAUGCGUCCAGACAUUCAUCAACAAUUCAAGCUGGACAGAUAGUAAUAUCUGAUACUGAGGAUACUCUGGAUCUACCUGAAUACAAUGUGACUAAGUCCACCUAUUACAGUAAAUAUACAAACCUUUAUGCAUCAUGUGUUGAAGAAGAGGAUGAAGAGCCAGUUCCUGUAAAUUUGGGGAAUUUAUCAGACACAACCAUAGAAGAGGUAAACAUUACACUACCUGAUAUCAUUGCAAACCUGUCACAUCAUAUUGAUCAUGGAAGAGUUAGCCGGUUCAGCAUUGCAAGGUCAAAUGUCUGGGAUGGUGCAGUCCGAGGUUUCAAGCGUACAACAUAUUCAGAAACCUGUGAUAUGCUGGUCAGAUUUACUGAUGAUGCUGGUAUUUUUGAGGAUGGAAUUGAUACAGGUGGACCAAGACGAGAGUUUCUAACUCUACUGAUGAACCAUCUUAAAGACCGACCAAUUUUUGAUGGACCAACAGGACAACGUUACUUAUUCUACAAUGCAAAUGCUCUCAGGGAGGAUGAGUACUUCUUGGCAGGAAAGAUGAUUGCGGUAUCAGUUGUGCAUGGAGGCCCAGGUCCGCAUUUCCUCUCGGAAGAUCUUGUACUGUAUCUUGCAGGCCAGCCUUCAUUCAAAGCAACAGUGAAUGAUGUAACUGAAGAAGAAAUAAAGAAAGCUAUGCAAGAGGUAGGAAAAGCAUAAUGCUAUAGUAGGGCAGGGUUUAUUUAUUAGUUUCUGCAAUGCUUUGAGAAAAUCAUUACUUCCUUGAUAACAUACACAAAGUAAUGCAUUUACUGUUCUGUGAUUGUACAAGAUA